ACACAAAACGUGCAACGCUGAAACACAUCCAACCCUGGUCGCAUUUUCGCGAAUUCUCCCCGGCUUCCCACUACUCAAUUCCGCUCGUGCGUUUUCGGCGGCUGUGAUUUAUCCCGGAGUGCAUUCGAUUUUGGACAGGACACACACCCACAAACUCGCUGAAAAUGGAGGCAGCUAUGCUGGAACUAAUCAAUGGACUCCUGGCCACGGACACGGAGCGGAUUCGCCAGUCGACCGACCAGUUGAUGAAGGCCUACGAGAAUCCCGAUACUUUGUUGUGCCUCACCCAGAUCGUAACGUCGAACCAUGAGAUCCAGGUGCGCCAGUUCGCCGCCGUGCUCCUCCGGAAGCGACUGAACAAGCUGCGCCACUGGCAGAUGGUUCCCGCCGAGCAUCAGGCAGCCAUUAAAUCGACCAUGUUGCAAGUCCUAAUCACGGAGAAGGAGAGGAGCGUGAAGAACGCUGUGGCCCAGCUGAUUGGCGCCCUGGUACGCCACGAGGCGGAAAAGGGAGACUCCUGGAUGACGGAGCUGCUUAAGUUCGUCUACGAACGCUGCAGCAGUUCCGAUCCCAAGGAGAGCGAGCUGGGCGCCACAAUCUUCUCCACACUCACGGACUCGGCCCCCGAUCAGUUUGCGCUCCACAUGGAGGCCAUCUUCCAGCUGUUCGCCGGUGUUCUAGUAGCCGCCGAGGCAUCCGGCGACCUGGCCACACCAACCGUGUACGAGAUGCUGGUCGGCACAUGCUACCUGCUGCCGUUCAUCAGUGGUCACAGUGCUGCCGAGCAGACGGUCGUCAAGGCGAUGCCGCUGAUUCUCAAGGCCCUGCACGCCUUCGCCCAGAAGGGGGAUGAACAAAAGUUCACGGGUGCCUUUGAUAUUGUGGACAGUAUGGCCGAGUAUGUGCCCCAUUUGCUAAACACUAAUGUCAAGCCGCUACUGGAGUUCAGUCUGGUAAUAGCGGGCGACAAGCAGCUCGAGGAUUCAAUUCGCUGCCAGGUGAUAGCCUUCAUUGGCGUCCUUGGCCGCAUUAAGAAGAAGCCGAUAUUGAAGCAGAAACUGCUCGAGCCCAUUCUAUCCGUUUUGUUCGAAGUGAUGUGCCAGCACGACUGCGAAGAUGGAGACGAUGAUUACUUUACCGAGGAGAGCGAGGGUAAACCAGCGUCUGCGGCUGCGGAGACCCUAGACUUGAUGGCUCUUAACAUGUCGCCGGAAAGGUUCAUUCCGCCGAUGCUGCAGCUGUUGGAGCCGGCGUUGCAGAACCCGAAUCCUGCGUAUCGUCGCUCCUCCUUUAUGUGCAUGGGCGUCAUUGCCGAGGGUUGCUCCGAGGCCAUUGUCAAUAAGUAUCUGGAGGUCAUGCUGAAUAUCAUCAAAGCCGGAAUUGCCGACUCUGUGUUGUUGGUGCGCGCCUCCGCUUUCUUCGCACUUGGUCAGUUUGCCGAGCAUUUGCAGCCAGAAAUCUCGAAGUUCGCUCCACAGAUUCUGCCCGUCCUCUUCGCCUAUUUGAGCCAGCUGAUAUUGGAUCUCCAGGCUGGCCAGAACAGUAACGGGAGCGAUCGCGCUUUCGUCCCUGCCAAAGAUUCCAUAAUGUACUUAGACAAGUUACAGUUCAAGCGCAAAUCGGUUCUCACCAAGUAUAGGGUGGGUGAGCCGGAUCGUAAGCACUUGGAUCGCAUGUUCUAUGCAUUGACAACCUUCUGUGAGAAUCUGGAAGAUGAGCUUGUUCCCCAUUUGCCCACACUGAUGGACCGUCUGUUUAAGAUUCUGGAACCCCAGCAUCCUAUACGCGUACGUGAAAAGGCCGUGGAAGCUAUCGGGUCGGUGUCCGACGCAGCUAAGGCGCACAUGAUGCCGUAUUUCCCCACCAUCAUGAACAUUCUGCAGCCCUUUCUGGUAAAGGAUUGCCCCGAAGAAGUGCAAGGUCUGCGCAUCGAAGCCAUCGAAACACUUGCCGCGCUCAGUCGCGACGUGGGCAAGGAAUACUUUAUGCCGCUGGCCGACGACACAAUGAACUUCUGCCUGUUGAUGCUGGCCGAUGGUCCCGACGAUCCAGACGUCCGAAGGGCCAUUUACCGAUUGAUCGGUUCCCUGUCAACGGUGGUCAACGAGAGCAUGGCCACCGUGUUCCCCAAGAUCAUGGAUCGUGUAAUGGAGUCGGUGAUCUCCUCGGAGGAUAUGAUGCCUUAUGUGUCGGACAAGGCUGAAAUGGAUCCUGUCCUGGAUACUGCCAAUGUGGAGAUCGAUCUGGAGAACACAGACGACGAGGAUGACUCUGAAGACAUAUUGGCCUACCAGACGGAGAAUGACUAUGUCGCCGAAAAGGAGGAGGCUAUUUAUGCACUCAAGGAAUUUGCUGAAAACACGGGUUCCGCCUUCGUGCCCUAUUUGCAGCCUGCAUUCGAGAACGUCUACAAGGUGAUUGAUCAUCCGCAGGAUGAAAUCCGAAAGGCGUCCAUCACUGCCAUCUGCGGGUUCAUGUUGGCUCUCGAUAAGAUGGGGGACGCUGACGGUUUAGCGCGCGCCAGCGGAAUUGUCAUUCCAAAACUUGCACUUUUGUUGCGAUCUGACGACGAAGUGUCGGUCGCAAUUCAUCUGCUGGAGCAGCUCUCCGAUCUCAUGAGGAAAGCCAAGCAGCCGGUUAUAACCAACCAGGAACACGUCGAUCUGAUCUGCGGCGCCAUCAAGGAUGCUUUUGCCAACAAACUGGCCUGCCAGUUUAACGAGCAGAGCGGCGGUGGUGAUGAGGAGGAUGCGGAGGACAGCGAGUCCGAUGAGAUGCUGAUCGAGACUGCUUUCAAUCUGGUGCCCACGCUUAAAAAUAGCGUUCAGCCGGAGGCGUUCUCGAUGUUCUUCGGACGCAUCUACCAAUUCUUCGUUCAAAAGCUGGCCAAGGCCAAGAAGGAAGAUAUGGCCGAGCACCGGGCUUUCAUCUAUGGUGCUCUGGCCGACUGCUUCAGCGCUCUGGGGGGAUGCACGGCUAUGUAUUUCGACGCCCUGUAUCCGCUUUUUGUCGCAGGGACCAAGGACUCGGACCCCAAAACGCGUCAGAACUGCUAUUUUGGGCUGGGUGAAAUGGUCUUCCAUGCCGAGCAAAAAUCAUUCGAAUCAUAUCCGGCAAUCUUGCAAGCCCUUUCAGAAGCAAUCAGCAGGGAGUCAGAUCCCCCUGCCUUGGACAAUAUCUGCGGAGCAGUGGCGCGCCUGAUCUGCACCAACCAUGAGGCGGUCCCGCUUGGCCAGGUGCUGCCCGUUUUCCUCAACCACUUGCCUCUGAAGGAGGACUUCGAGGAGAACGAUAUGGUUCAGAAAGCGUUCCGCGUGCUCUACAUGAAUGAUUUACCCAGCAUUGAGCCCCAUCUCGAGCAAAUGCUGAUUAUCACCAUCGACUCGGUUUACAAUAAACAGGUGGCCAGCGAGGAGGCCAGCGAGAGCGCGGUGAACUUCAUGAAGGAGAUUCGCACCCACUAUCCGGACACUUUCAACAAAGUGGCCAACACGAAUCCGGAGGUGUUCAACUAUGUGCAAGCCCUACAAAUCUAUUGGAAUUGAUGCAGGUGUCCUGAGAACAAUUCGCUCUGGAUAAGAAUGGGUCCGAGAAUAUUAAAAUUUUCAGUUGUACGUUAGUGUGCUUUUGCGGCGUUAAGACAUUCAGGAUAACUGAUCUUUAAAUUUGCAAGCUGUAGUUUUUCUACCAGGCCGAAAAACCAUGGCAACAUGUUUUGUAAUUUAUAAUAUCUGCACCCAGUGACACAUGAAUAUGAAUAGUCUGAAAUAAACGAUACAAUAAAGGA